GUAGGCGGGAGGGACUACGCGGGAGAGAGAUAUUGAAGGAUGAGUUUCUUAGCAACUACUCCGUCGUCGACGAUUCUCAGUCCGCCGUACACGUUACUGGGCUCCGGCGGGAAAGUAUCCUAUCUGCGACUAGGCAGGGUGGAGGGAUAUCGGCGAGUGACAAUGAGAGGCGGAAGUGAAAAUCGGAAGCCGUUGCAGAAGGGGAGGAACCUUAGCAUCGAAGCAAUUCAAGCGGUACAGUCGUUGAAGCGAGCUAAGAAAGAUUUACAACAAUUGGACCGAGUGUAUGAUUCUAAAAUUAGGCGCUUAUUGAAGUUCGAUAUGAUGGCUGUCCUUCGCGAGCUCCUUCGCCAGAACGAGUGUUCUUUGGCUCUAAAGGUUUUUGAAGAUGUUAGAAAGGAGGACUGGUACAAGCCUCAGGUUUCGCUGUAUGCUGAUAUUGUUUCAGUAUUGGCUAGCAAUGGAUUGUUCGAACAAGUACAAAUAAUUCAUUCGUACUUCAAAGCAGAAACUGACCUAGCACCUGAAAUUGAGGGGUUCAACAAUCUUCUGAAGGCUUUGGUUAGUUAUAAUCUAGGUGAACUUGCAAUGGAGUCGUAUUACUUAAUGAAAGAAGUAGGUUGUGAACCAGAUAAGACUUCUUUCAGGAUUGUCAUAAAAGGAUUGGAAUCAACGAGAGAAUCAGUUGAUUUAAGAACUGUGAAGAAGGAUGCACAAGAGCUUUAUGGUGAAUCACUUGAGUUUCUAGAGGAAGAAGAUGAAGCAGCUACCGGCAUAUCGACGCACUGAGCUGCGGAUGAACUUGUGGCGAGAAAGAUGGCUUGUCUAUGCUUCCUUGGAAGAAACCUGAAAAUUCUAAGAAACUUUCAUUGGAUAUGAACUUUAACUGUAUACCGGCUUAAGUCAACCCGGGCUUAGCAGAGGAAAUCUGUGAUAGCUUUUACGGUUAUGUUGGAUCUCAUGAGUAUUGGAUGAAUUGAAAUCGGUUUACAGUUUACUCUCUUCUCCUUGUUAAUGCUUCCGUUUCUCAAGCUUCUGGAAUCCAAAAUCUCCCCUGAUUGGCAGUGUCACUAGUCUAUGCAGAUAAGAGCUGAUCAUCUUGCAACAUACUUCAGCCACUCUGUUGCAAGCAUGAGAAGUUCAUCUAAGUCUACUCAAGACAGAAAUAGAAGGGAAAAAUCUGAAGUAUAAUGCAAGUUUGCAGGUGCAACGCUGUAGGAAGUAAGUGUUCUUCCACUGCUUGAGGUAACUUCGAAAGAGAGAGGUUGCCCAUGAAGAUUGAC